AUGCCUCCUUUCAAAGAUGAGCAUAUCCUGAUAAUUGCGCCAGGUUCGCAAGUGACCCUGGCGCAACUCGGUCUCCCCGAGUCCUUCACGCCAGCUCGCUUUCGGUUUCCCACGCGAAUGUUUCCGGCUGAGAAGAAAGGCGAAUAUGAACCAUACAAGGUCCGCGAGCGACGCCAGGUGGUCAAUCCGCCCACCACGACCAAUGGCACCAACACGUCCCAGAAGGAGGAUGUCGAGAUGAAGGACGCCGAACCCGCUGCACCAGAGAAGGCGACCGAAUCCACUACAGAAGCCGACAAGCCCUCAUCUGCAGAAUCCCAGCCUAAGCCCGACGGCGCGGAGGAGUCCACCACCAACAGCGAAGAAGCCAAGCAGGAGUCUGCCCCCGAGAUCGUCUACGAGGAAGAUGUCACGUCCGACGAAGGCGCCAUCUACCCCAUGGAGAAUGGGCGCAUCGUGGACUGGCCCUGCUUUUUCGCCCUUCUCACCCACGUCUACAACACCCUGAGCCCGCCCUUCCACACCCCCAUCAUGCUCAUCGCCGAGCCCGUCUGGUCUGCGCGCGACCGCGAAACCAUCACCCAGUUCGUGUUUGAAAAAUUCAAGACGCCCGCGUUCUGCCUGAUGGAUGCCGCUCUGGCCGUCUGCUACGGGUACGGCACCUCCACCGCUACCGUGGUCGAUGUCGGCAAGGGCAAGGUCGAUGUCACCGCCGUCACGGACUUCGUCGUCAACGAGCAUGGCCGUGGUGUCGCCCUGGAGGGCUGCGGUGGAGACUACAUGACCGACCGGCUGUACGAGCUGCUCAAGUCAAAGGGCUUUACAUGGGAGAUGUGUGAGCAGCUGAAGCGCAGCAAUAUCACCGAGUUGCUUCCCCCGGGCACGCCUCUGCCUGGCGCGGCCGUCACCGCGCAUCAGGGCGUCAACCCUGCGGCCGCCGGAGGGCCGGAGGGCGCUUCUACCAACCCCACCGCGCGGGGCGCACCGAAUGGCGACGGCGCGAAUGGCGAGGAAGAAGACGAGGGCGUGUUGGAUGUGGCGGCGAUCGUGAGCGGCAACACCAGCGAGUUCCUGGCUAACCGCGAAAAGGAAAAGGCCGAGAAGUCGAAGAAGGGCGCGGCCGAGCAGGCUGCAAAGGCGGCUCGGCUCCCCAACUCCAAGAAAGAGAAGGCGACGUUCCAGUUUGAAGAGUUUGUCCGUCUCGAGCCGGAGAAGGACGCCCCUAACGGGCCCAGUCGGUUUAUCCGCCAGACGCGGGACAUUGAAACGGGUGACCGACUAUCCAGCGGCAUCUUGGAGGAUAUCGCGACGCAGAUCCACCACACGAUUCUGGCUGUGCCGGAGGCCAACAAGCGCAGCGAGCUCUGGGAUUCCCUGAUUAUUGUGGGUAACGGUAGCAAGAUCAAGGGCUUCACGCAAUCGCUGGUCUCGACUAUUACGCAAAAGUUUGUCCUCUCCCCCUCCGCCACCAUCUUCACCUCCGAGCUCCCCUCCAAUUUCUCCACGCCGCUCCCCACGGGAGGCACCAACACGCCGGCGCCGACGGGGCCUCCUGGGCCGAUGCAUCAUCCGGCAGGUCAGGGCGUGAAUCCUCUCCUGGUGGCGGCCACGCAUUCCAACAACCCGACCGGCAGUAUGCCGCCAGGCACGCCGUCCAUGGACCCGGCGACGCUGUCGCACCACCGGUCGUCGGGCCACUCCCAGACCCCGACCUCGGUCAAGACGGUCAAGCCCCCCGAGUACUUCCCCGAGUGGAAGGAACAGGGCAGCAGCAAUGCGCCCGGCGCCAGCGGCGCAGGCGUGGGUGGCGCGCCGGUGGUGGGCGGCCCUGGGGGACCGGGUGCUCCUAGUGGGGGGCACGGUAUGGAGGAGGCGGUGUUCCUGGGCGCUCAGGUGGCGUCCAAGGUGGUCUUCGUUCUUGACCAGGGAAUCAGCAAGGGCUUCAUGAGUCGGGUGGAAUACAACGAAAACGGGCCGUCGGCGAUCCACGAAUACAGCAUGUAA